AUGGAACCGCUGGCCCCUGAGAUCAAGCACAACCCAGCCACCACAGCUGCGGGACGUGAAACAAACCCUUCGGAAACCACCAACGUCCAAGGUCACAGAAACACCCGCCCCCAAAAGGUGGGAGGCGCUGAUGGCACAGUUGACCGAGUGUUCAAGCGGAAGCACAAAGGAAAGUUUACGGGUGCUAUUUUCAUCCACGCCGGCGCCGGCUUUCACAGUCAUCAGAACGAGCGAGUCCAUCUGGAGGCUUGCAGCGAUGCGGCUUCCAUGGGAAUGAAAUUCCUCAAAUCAGGUGCCACUGCAACGGAAGCUGUCGAAGCUGCCCUGCGUGUCCUCGAAGACAAAGAGAUCACCAAUGCCGGUUAUGGCUCUAAUCUGUCAAUGGACGGGACCGUGGAAUGCGAUGCAACUAUCGUUGACCAUUUAGGAAGAAGCGGUGCCUGCGGAGCAGUUCCCAGAGAGGGCGCCAAAAACUUCUCGGUGGAAAAUGGGAUGCAAAUCGUGCCCAAUGACUACCUAAUUUCCAAGAACGCGAGGGAUCGAUUCCUGCGCUGGCAGGAUGACCUCAAGCGAGCGGAGGACAAAGUCAAGCAAGCAGGCGCCCGCAAAACACUCGAGGAACCAGCUGAGAACUGUCAACAGUAUGACAAUAUGCCGACAACCGUUCCCUCCCGGAUCUACCAAAGCCAGCAGAGAGACCAUGCCAAUGCUAUUCUCAAUGGAACAUGGAACGAGGGCCAGCCAGAUUCACCCCACCGAGGCUCGCCAGUGCCCGAGCAGAUGCAGGGCUAUCCUCGGAUUACACCCCCGAGAGCGACGAUUGAGAGGUCCCCAUUGAGUCACGUUGGAGCCUCAAUACCCUCCGUCAACAGAUCUCGGCCUCACAUACUCCAAGGGAGAGACCCUCUGACGUCCUCUUCCAGCCACUUAGCGGAAGAGGGAAAUCGUGACGGUACAAUGUCGUCUCAGUGGACAGACGGGGCUAGACAUGCCAGCACAAUUGCACAGUUGCAGGGUUGCAGCCCUCGUGGACUUAAGAGACCGUUUUCUGCGACUGAAUUGGAUCAUGAGGACGUCAUUACCGACACUGUUGGAGCCAUAGCUAUCGAUGAAAGAGGGAACAUUGCGGCAGGUUCAUCCUCUGGAGGCAUCGGAAUGAAGCAUCGCGGACGUAUAGGCCCCGCUGCUCUGGUUGGCAUCGGUACUGCUGUCGUUCCCUGCGAUCCGGAAGAUUUAGACAAAGUCAGUGUUGCCGCGGUGACCAGCGGUACGGGAGAGCACAUGGCCACCACUAUGGCGUCUCAGCGGUGCGCCGAACGGAUCUAUAGCAGCACCCGUCGUGGGCCGAACGGCAGAGACAUUGAAGAGUGGGACGAAGACGCUAUUAUGGAAUCUUUCAUCACGAAUGACUUCAUGGGCCACCCUGGCGUCAAAAAUUGCAACUCAGUCGGGGCGAUUGGUGUGAUGACGGUCAAGAAGACGCGGGCAGGGUACUACUUAUACUUUGCCCACAACACUGACUCCUUCGCACUCGCCUCGAUGGGGGGUUCCGACAAGGAGCCCGUGUGCGUCAUGUCUCGUCUUGGAGAAUCGGCUCAAGUCACGCGGGGCGCUCGAAGAAUACGAGUUGAUCUUGGCAUAUGA